AUGUCAAAUGAAGCCGAAUGUCCAGAUCAAUGUGUGUAUUACAUCAUCUGCCCAGCUGAGAAGACUAUGCCAGAACUUGAUCAACAAAAACAACAGUGUUUAGUGGCAAUGGAAACGCUUGAUCGGUCGUCGCCAGAACUUUGGCCUGAACCAAUGCCUGGCAUGUCCGGUUUUGCACAACAUAUACGCGCAUCUAGUGCGACUGAUAAACAACCAUCAUGGAAGCAACCACCAGAUGCCCAUGAUAUGCUACUUGUACAACGUUAUAGUCAGAUGCCAUUGCCUCCACUCUUAGAUGAAUUAAAGUCUCUAUACGACUUUGCCUAUAAUUUAGGCUUAGAAGAAUCUAAAGAAAUGACACGUGGCAAAUAUUUAAAUAUAUUCACACGUAACACUAAUAAAUCCAGUGAAUAA